GUCACCGCCAUGGCGGCCGAGGGGACAGCGGGGACCUCGGGGACAGCGACAGGGCCACCCUCGGCGCCACCAGGGCCGCCACCAGGGCCACCCCCGGUGUCGCCGUUCGUGCCACCCCUGGACUGCAGCGGUGACGACGCUCAGGCCAUGGGCCGGGAGCCGCUGCCCGUGCUGCGACAGAUUUUGGCCGCCUGCGCUUUUCCCGAACUUUUGGACUCUCCCUCUCUGCCCGAGGCCGCGCGGGAUCGCGCCCGGAGAAUCCUGCGGGACAUGGACGCCGGGAAUAUCGGGGGAUACAACCACGAGCAUCGAUCCCACGGUGUCCCUGCCAAAAUUUCCCAGUUCCUGGAAUUCCGGGAUGGAAUUCCCUGCGACCCCAAAAACAUCGUCCUGUGCAGCGGGACAGCAACGAUGAUUCCAGUCACGUUUUAAGCCGGGCUGAGAUGCAGGAGCUGCUCGAGGUCGCGUACGAGGAGUCGCUGGUGGUGCUCGCGCACGAGGUCAGCGGGAAUUCCCAAAAAUUGUUUGGGAAUUUUUUUUGGGGAAUCUUUGG